AUGGAGCACCAGCAGCUCAUCGCUCGCAUUGCCUCGCUUCGGCAGCAGUACGGCUGGGACCAUCCCGCCCGCCAGCGUCACUUUGCCCAGCUUUCGUCGCCGCAGAAUUUCGACACUGGGUCGUCUGCUUCACUGCUGGACGAACACCAUUUACCAUCGCAGCCAUCCACACCCCAAAACCAACAACAACAACAACAACAUCAGGAGCAACAGCAGCAACAGCAACAGCAGCAGCAACAGCAGCAACAGCAGGAUCUCCUGUUCUGCACGCCAAACAUUACCACACGUUAUCGCCGUCGCGCGCACCACCACGCGGCAGCAACAGCCGCAGUCAUCAUGGAGUUUGAGAAAUUCGAGGAAGACAUGCUCAACUGCAAAGACUACGACCACCUCGACGAGUCCGCUUGGUCGGAGGAAAACCAACAGCACAUGCUAGAUCUGGCGGAUGAAGUGGAGGAGGAGGAGGAUGACGACGAAAAUUCGCAGACAUGCGCUCUGGUCACGCCGCCCCAUCUCUCCCUCCAGCGCCGCAGUUCGCAGCACCACCGCGAGAGCGACGCCGCGUUGAACGCAGCAGUCACCGUGCUGUUCUCGCCUCUCCGGAGCCCCGAGGACGAGCAGAGGAUGCACGAAAAUAUGCUAGAUCUGCAGCUGGAGCGGCUGAAUCUGAGCGGCACACCUGCCGCCCAUCCUGCCACAGAUUGGGUCUGCCCGACCCUCAGAUCUCCCGCCACGGCCGCGUCGCCGCCCUCCCAAGCCGUCACGGUCAGCCCCAGAUUCGCAACACCAGCCGACUCGCCCGUGUCCGUGUCGCCCGUGGUGCGUCCGGUCGCGUCGAGCUGCGCGGCUUCCCCAGUUCUGUCACCAAUCCUGCCGAAUUCCCAUUCGCUCGCCGAAAUUCCUCACCGCGCGUCCAGUUCCGCCCAUGCAACGUUGGCUCGGUCGUUGAGCGCACCCACGCCAACCACAGGCACAGUGACCGCGUUCUCCCCUCCACUCAAAUCAGACAAAACACUUGUGAGAUCACACUCCAUUCAAACGAGCCACAUUCUCGGCGACCACGGCGACACCGUUGAUGAUGAUGAUGAAGCAGAUGAUGAGCUGAGGGCGAUGUGCACCAGUUUCCGAGGAGCAAACAACAACCCGCAAGCACGCAAAUCGCACGCGACUGCGUUCGUCGUGUCUGACGACGAGAGCGAAGACGACCAUGAAAAUGACAAUGACAUCAUUUUUGAGGAUGCAGAAGAUGCCGAGGCUGCCGAGGAUGCCGAGGAGAGUGAGGAUGGCAACGAUCAAUCAGAUUCAGAUUCCUGGUCUGCACCCGUGAGCCAAUCGCCAUCGCGGCUACGGUCAAUGUCACCAGUCACACCUCUCCAUCGUCCAGUCCUGCAAGUCCUUUCACCCAACACACCUCAGGCUGUUGCGAGCUCCACACCAGGAGGCAAGGGACGCCAGCCUCCAGGCAGCACCAAGGGCUCCGUGAAGAGCGAAAUGCGCAUGUUUGCCCAGCGACGGGAGCAGCGGGCGCGCGAACUCUUCCGAAAGUUCAACAGCACCAUCUUUGGCAACAAGUUGCCCCACGACCUCCCGAUCGUCUGGAGCCCAAAUCUAGCCACGACCGCUGGCCGUGCUCGUGUGACACUCUCCCUGGGCGUGUACUCUGCGGUGAUUGAGCUUUCAACCAAGGUGGUGGACCGCGAUGAGCGACUCGAGUCGACACUUUGCCACGAAAUGUGCCACGUAGCAGCAUGGCUGAUCGACCAUGUGAGCAAGCCGCCGCACGGACCGCACUUUCGUCACUACGCCCACCAGGCGAGCAAGUGCUUCCCGCAUCUCAACAUCACCACGUGCCACAGCUACGCGAUUGCAUACAAGUUCACUUAUCGAUGCGUCAAUGAGGGUUGCGGAUUGGAAGUCGGGCGACACUCCAAAUCGAUCGACACCAAUGCCAAGCGCUGUGGACGAUGCUAUGGCCGCCUCGAGCUAUUGCCUCCUCAACGAGCGGACGGCACACCGGCCAAGCGGCGCGAGCCGAACGCGUUUGCUGCAUUUGUAAAGCAAAACUUUGCUCAUGUCAAGCGAAGCAAUCCAGGCGCGACUCACGCGGUAUUAAUGAGCCUUCUCGGAGGCAUGUUUAAGGCCAGCCAACGCGCGGCUGUGAAUCUUCACUCUGCGUUUGACGACGCUGGGCUCCCCACCGGCAUGACUUUGGCGGAAUGA